GGCCUGGCCACUCUCUUUCCACAUUAUAUGCACUCUCUACUCAGCAGUGCUCAUUCUGACCCUCUUGCGUAAACUUCAUCGUGAUGGGCCGAAAAGGCAGCGCCAAGGUCCGCACUGGUUGUGUAACAUGCAAAAAACGUAAAAUCAAGUGCGAUGAGACACGCCCGGCAUGCCGCAAAUGCACGUCCACUGGCCGAGUGUGUGCAGGCUACCAGGCCAAGCCCACAGGCCACUACUCCUGGGAAGAACUUCUCCGCCCUCGCUGGCAGGCAUCUGAUACGAAUAAUAACAUAAAGAUCAUGAAUGUUGUGGCUCCUACUCCUCUAUUUGCUGGGACUGCUGCUCUCAAUGUGUCAAUGUCUGUGCCCAUGGCUCUCUCCAGCACCGGAGGAUCAGAUGCGGCAGAGCUUCGUGGGUUCUACUUCUUCGUAGAGGUUGUGGCGCCGGCACUGGACGGGCCCCUACGCGGUUCCUUCUGGACGCACACGGUUCCUCGGGUAUAUAUUCACGAGUUGGCAGUUCGCGAAGCUACUUUGGCGGUCAGUCUCUUAUACGAGUACCAUCGGAUCGGGUGGCAACAGCAGUGGGAGAAUAGAUCUUAUGCUGCUGCUCAGUCGCCAAGGAGCGUGAGCAUGAGCACAAGUCAUCAUCUCUACGGCGCUGCCAUCCGCCGCUACAAUUCAGCCAUCAAACACCUCGUGGCCUCCAAAACAAUGAAUAUUGAGACGGUACUCGUCGCAUGCGUCAUUUUCAUAUGUAUCGAGUUCCUCACAGGCCAGGGCGAUGUAGCGAUACGACAUGUCACGCAUGGCCUCACUUUGCUUAAUAACCUCACCCUCGCCAGCUCCGAGACAGAACUCUCAGUUUACCUAGCCUCCUUCUUCUGUCACUUGGGCAUCUUCCCUUUCUUCUUCAGUGAGCGUAUCCCUGAUAUACCAGACAUACCACCGGCUUUCGACAUAGGCAGCAUUCCUGUGGGCUCGUCGUUUGUUUCCGAGACAGAGGCUCAGGCGGCUCUCGACUUGCUUCUCUGUCGCAGUGUCAGGCUCGUUCGCAUGGCUGCUGGCCACAAAUUUAAUACCAAGCCGAAGCCAGAUUUCUUAUUAGACUUGGGCACUCUCGUUGCGCAACAAAAAAAGCUGCAAGACGACCUGGCCUUGUGGUGGUAUGCCUUUUUCGCUAUGCCCCUGCGCCUAAAUCUAUCGAAUGAACGAGAGAUGAAGGUGCAUACACAUGCGCAUGAUGAUGACAAUGAUGAAGAGUUUUUUGCCCUGCUGGAGGUCCGUUGGCUCGUUGCCCAGAUCUGGUCCAGCACGUGCUUGACCGUGAAUGAGACGGAGUACGAUGCCCACUUCGGCAGCUUUCAGCGCAUCAUUCACCUAGCGAAACGGGCCAAGAUGAAGAUCAAGACGCGGACGAGCACAACAACCAGUCUCGGCAAGCCAUCACGUGGCAUCUUUUCCUUUAACAUGGGGUUCGGCCCUUUGAUUCACUUUGUCGUGCUCAAGUGUCGCUAUCUGCCCCUUAGACUUGAGGCUCUCGCUCUCCAGCCUGCCAUUGCCUGCCUACGUGAGUCGAUGUGGGACUGCGCAACGAUGAGUGCGAUCGGCACGCGUAUUGUCGAGAUGGAACACGGUAUAAACCUGAAUGUAGCGGCGGCUGUUGACUCUCCAAGUUCUUUUCCAUCGUCAUCGUCGACGUGGACGUCAGCGUCUGUGGCUGAGGUUCCGGUGCAGAUUGGCGACAGAUCCUCUCUCAAUAACCUGCCAAGUGAUGGGAUGAGGAUCCUAGAUUACUCUUUAGAAGAUGUCGAGCGUAUCCAUAUUCCUGGCUGGGGAGAAGAGGUAGUGAGGAGGAAAAUUACGUUGUUAGUAAAGACAGAGACUGGUGCCAUCGAAGCCCGACAAGACUGGGUAUUAAUUCGAUAAAAAUAAACAAGCAGCAUUACUAGAGCGCCGAAGUUCGGAUUGGACCCGAUUGUGAGGUGGAGUGGCG